AUGCCGCAUGCCGUCGACCAGACCGAGGAGAACGAUGAUCUGCUCAUCUCCCAGCUUCUCAACGCCGAUCCAACAGAGAACCGCUUCGAAGGCCUGCUCAGCGAGAGGAUAGACAGCGGACCCAAGGCAGACGAUGCCGUCGAUUACGAGGACAUUAGCGAUGAUGACCUUGCCGAGGAGGAGGUGCCGAGCCGAGAGAACGGCGUCCAUGACGACGCUGCUGGUGCAGAUGAUGAUCUCAUGGAGGGCCUCUUUGACGACGCUCCCCACACACAGGACGCUGAUGCGGAGAACGAUGGUUUCGACGACCUCUUCGGCGACGCACCUUCGUCACCCCAACCGGAACACGGCCAAGACAUGCACGGCGGCCAGACCGAUAUCGUACCGGAUGGUGGUGCUGUCUCGGGAACAGGGCCCAAGCAUGUGGAGUCACCCCCUUCAACGCAGGUCCCAAAGGUCGAAAGCCCUGAGAGCAUGCGGGAGCUUGCUAGCUUCGAGGAGGUAAUGGAAGAAGACGUCAUGGUGGACGAUGACGAGGAUCCGGAGAUCAGGGAACAAAGGGAGCUCUUCGCGCAGGCCCAAUCGCGCCUUCGCAACGGUCCGGUUGUGUCAGACUUGCCGCCCGCUCCGCAGACAGAUGCCGAUGUCUUCCAAGCCAUUUGGCACAACUACGAACCCGGAGCAAUCCUCCGGUUUGGAGAGAUUCUUCCUCACCGUCGCGCGUACUAUGUUCCCAAGACUCCGCUUAAGCCACCGAAGCCAAUUGCACCAAGCAAGGUCAGCUUGGAGCUGCAGCAAGAUCAUGAAAAGUCCUUCAAGCUUCCCCCUACUGCAGCUCCUGCCCGGAAUGCACGUCAGACUGAGCUGGACCAGAAGGGCGUCGUUACCGUCACCGAGGCAGACACUGGUGAGAAGAGUGACGAUGAUGACGAUAUCAGGCUCGAUGAUUUUGACGAGAACGAGAAGAUUGGUGGUGUGACCUGGCAAGAUUUGCAAAUGCUGUGUGAUGACUGGGACGUUCGAACCCCCGAUAGCCUGUCAGAUGCUGGAGACGCUCAAGAGCUGGGUAACACUGACGAUACGCCCUUCACCGGCGAUUGGGACCACGAAGAGCGUGCCCGUCCGACUAAGAGACGCAAAACUGCUGGUAUCAAUGGAAGCCUUCCGACCUUCCAAAAUAGCUUCCCCAAUCUUGAGGAACCCGAGGCUGCCACAGCUAAGCUAGCGAGAAAGGUGGCCAUCAACUUGAAUGAUCCGGAGCUACUCAUCGACAUCCAGCAACCGGAUUCCACUCGCAAGAAGUUCCGAACUCACGAUUUCCGUCGGGAUGUCAGCGGUAGCCUCACCAAAUCUCUCUUCCAGAAGUUCAACAUUUCCAACGACGAGAGUUAUGAUAUUCUUAAACAUAACAAUCGCGAGAAAGUCCGCAACAUCACGAACCUCAAUUCGCUUGAACACAGCUUGCCAGCAGUCAAGCUACAGUAUCCGUUCUACAAGCUCGCGCUUGGCAAUCGCGAGACGAGGUCAUUCCACAGACCCUCUCUUGCCGUCUCUCAUCCUGGCCACGUCAUCAGGUUCGACAAGCCCAAGUUUAAGAAGAGAAAGCAGUUCAAGGGCCAGGACCCCAAGAGCGUAUACGCCUCAUCUGAAGACUUGUCCAUGGCAGACAAUUCCAAUGUGCUCCUGCUCGAGUACUCUGAGGAAUAUCCCACGGUUUUGUCCAAUUUUGGCAUGUGCAAUCGGCUGAUCAAUUAUUACCGCCGCAAAGACAAGGACGAUACGUAUCGACCGAGACUUGACAUUGGAGAGCCUGUUGUCCUCACUCCUAACGACCAGAGUCCCUUCGCCAUCUUCGGAGAGGUCCGUCAAGGCGAGACGGUGCCAACCCUUCACAACGGCAUGUUCCGCGCACCUGUUUUCCAGCACGAGACGAGACCAACGGAUUUCCUUGUUGUUCGGAGCCAGACUGGUACCCACGGGACCAAAUGGUAUCUUCGCAAUGUCGAGAGCCUGUUCGUUGUCGGGCAACAAUUCCCGUCGCAGCAGGUCCCUGGCAUUCAUUCGCGAAAGGUCACCGACAUCAGCAAGCGGCGUCUUAAGAUGCUGUCGUAUCGGAUCUAUACGAAGAGUCUCGACCAGAAGAAGAAUCCCAACGUGAAGCUGAGCAAUAGUUAUAUUCAGAAGCACCUUCCAGGCAGUGAUAUCGCGCAGAACCGAGGCAAGAUGCGCGAGUUCAUGCAGUACGACAAGGAAACCUCAUCGUGGAAGCCCAUGCCAGGCGAAACCGUUCCAGAUGAGAACCAGAUGCGCGGUUGGAUUUCUCCUGAGGAUCUCUGCUUGGUUGAUGCCAUGCAGGUUGGCGUACGCCAACUUCAUGAUGCUGGGUUUGCAACAGACGACGCCAACCCCGAGGACGACGAAACAAACGAGGCACAGCAAUUGGCACCCUGGAACACCACCCGCAAUUUCCUCGAGGCGAGCUCGCGGAGGGCCAUGUUAGAGCUGCACGGUAUCGGUGAUCCUACCGGCCGCGGGGAGGGUAUCAGCAUGAUCAAGACCUCGAUGAAGGGUGGCUUCAAGCCCCAAGGCGAAAGCGCUAAAGACAAGAUGGACGCCAAGGCACUGAAGGAGCUUGGUGGCCAUAGUUACAAUGUCCGGAAGCAAGAGCAGGAUUACAAUGCCGCCAUCGAGAAGGUCUGGGAGGCCCAGAAGGCGAGCUUGACCUCGACAAUUGAGCACUCAGACUUUGAAGAUCCCGAUGAUGCCGAUGCCGAGGCGGUGGAACAAGACACAUCGUUCAGCCGCGGCAGGACACCACAGUCGCAGUACGGCACACCUGCGACAUUCAACCGCCGUGACGACGAGACGACGAGUCAAUACACGAGUCUCAGCACCGCAAGUCAAUCGAAGAACAAGGUUCUCAGGAUUAUUCGCAAGGUUCCGAAUAAAUAUGGCAAGAUGGAAGAACAGGAGGAAAUCAUCAGGGAUCCGAAUGUUGCCAAGGCAUACGUUAAGUUCAAGAAGCAGCAAGAGAUCAACGCAAUGAAGUUGGAGCAGCUCAAGCCCACCGGUGACGAGGAGGUUGAUGCACGCCAACGCAAAAGACUUAUGGACGAACUUAGCCGCCUUGAGCGCAAUAAAGAGCGCCGCCAGGUUCGUGAGAAGCAAAAAGCAAACAUGCGGAACGGCGGCGACGGUGACUCAAAGGGUACGACUCGCAAAUGUGCAAACUGCAACCGUGCCGGCCACAUCAAGACGAACAAAAAAAUGUGCCCGAUGCUUAAUGGCAUUGCUUCCACGGUCGACGAGCUGGAGAAGCUGGAGAAGAUCAGUCCCGGUUGCACACAGCCACCGUUCAACAAGCAAAAGAUAGCGACUGCACAACAGGCGCAGCAGGCCUCGGCAACCCAGGCACCAGUGUCACAGCAAACCUUCUCCGACCUCUACACCCCUACCUCUGCUGAUGGUCCGGGUCUAAAUUAA